GUGAAUCGGGUAAGUAAAACUUAAUUUUUCAUUAAUUAAAAUACUUGAAAGUAAAAAAGACACCUUAGAACAAUGGUGUAGUGAACACAACGAUAAAAUGCUGACAAACCACAAGAUUUCUUAACACAGUUAACUAAGUGUAAUAUGUUACCAUGGAAACAUAUAGCAACAAUGAAGUUAAAACGGUUUUGAGUUGCUAUUGAAAUGAUUAAAUCUCUUUGAAUAUCUAUCUAUCUAUCUAUCUAUCUAUCUAUCUAUCUAUCUAUCUAUCUAUCUGUUUUAAAUUGUAGUCCUUUUUUUCCAUUAUAGACAAAAUGUGGGCAUUAAUUGAAUGGACAGAAAUUGAAGCCUCUCUGGACAUUGUAAAGAGAAAAGACAUUCUUCAAUCUGUAGUUCAUGAGGGGGAUGUUGUUGAUGUAAAGUAUGAAGAUGAAAGCUCUCCUGCACUUAUUCUCAAGAUGAAUGAAAAUAAGGACAAGCUACUGAAGCGUCUAAAUCGGAUGGAGUCAGAGCGAAGGCAAAAAGAGGAGUGCAAGCUGCCUGAAAAGAGAGCAAUAAAAAGGAAAAUAAUAUUCAGUCCAGAAAACACCCCAUCAUCAAGUCCAGAUCAAGUCCAGAUCAAGAGAUUUAAAAAAGUGGAAAAAACACAAAAUGACACACUGUUGCUAAAAAAAAUAGAAGAAAAAAACAAAGAAAAUUACACAUUAAAUGACCUGAGAAAUGAAAUAAAGGCCUUGAGAGCAGAGAAUCAGCAACUAAAGGCCCUGAACUUUAAACUGCAAAAUGAGAUUAUUAACAGAUUUGCGGAGUUGCUGCCAAACAGAAGUGCAAACAAGCAUGCUGUGCAAACCUCCCUAACAAGUGCAGCUUGCAGCGCUGCCCUUCAACCAGCCAACUCUUCACAUCUUAGCUCUUCUGGACUGGACCAUGUUGAAAUCCACAAAAAACUAAACAUGGCAAAGGAUACAUUCCAAGCAUGUGGUAGAGGGGGCACGUCAUGGUCAGCCAUGAUUAAGGAUUUAGCCGUGGCUGUUUUUGGAAGGAGCAUGUUAGCUACCCACAGCCUUUCUGGAAAAAUUGGAAAUGCCAACAAGGAAUCACAAGCCAAGCCCCCUCUGGACCCCACAAAAGUGGAACUUAUUAUAGACACUGUUUGA